CCGAUCCCAACUCGAUUCCCAACCUUCGUUCAACUCCCCUUUUUGGCCCCUCAUUGCCGUGCGACCAGUUCGUCCCGAGAAAACACAACCCCCAACCCGCCAGCGAUAGGGAUUCCGACACUCGUUCACGAUGGCGUCGCCCUCUCUCUCCAGCUUGGAGCAGCGGAAUCGCCUCCCUACGCUCUUCGAGGUCCUCAGUCGCCGGACUCUCGCUCCCGUGGACCUCUUUUCAUUCUAUAUCUACAUGCGAGACCAACAGCGUUCCGUUGAUUAUCUGGACUUCUGGCUCGAUGUUUCGCAGCACAUGUCCCUAUGCCGCCAUUACGUUCGAGAACUACGCCGGUCCGUAUUGGUAGCUACCCCCGACCUGGAGAAAGCCGACAGCAAAGGUUCUUCCGCCGCAUUGGACAAUUUCGAGCAUUUUAACGACAUUCCGCUUGUUGAAGCGGGUCCCUCAAGUUCACGUCACGGCCUCCACGACCUGGACGACCGGGAUGCCGACCAAAGACUAUCGGCAUUCCUUCGCUCCGAGGGUCACACCUCGGGGCACUCGCCUCAAAGCAGCCUUGGAUCGCAGAAUGCUGCUCGCGCGACAUCCAUGGAGCAACUGCCUCGCGAGAGCUCUGGGACCCGGAAUGACUCGCCUUCGCCCGGCCAUACGGUAGCACGCGCUGAUAUUCGCGCCAGCGCCGAAAAGAUCCUGUACACGUACCUGCUCCCUGGGGCAGAGAGAGAAAUUGUUUUGCCCGAGGAGAUGGUAUCUUCGAUUAUCAACCUGAUUGAGGACGAUGGCAGAGACGACCCCGAAGUAUUCGACCCCGCCAAGGACUAUGUCUUCCAAGCAAUGGAACGGGACGCUUUCCCGGGGUUUUUACAGGCCAAGGCUUUGGGUAACCUUGUCCCGUUGACGAUCCUCGCGCGGUUGGCCUUGGCCCUAAUCAGCUUUGGGGGAGGAUUCUGGGGUGCAUUCUAUGUCGUUCUACGUGACAAGCCAAGGCACAUUCGUUGCUGGUUAAUACUGCCAUUUGCCGUGGCCUCCUACUUUAUCGUGUCCUAUCAGUACAAGAUCGAUCCGGUCAUGGCCUUCCUCGGCUACAGCGAGUACACCUUCAUGAACUGGUCGCCGAUUCGCGAGCCGUACGUGCGCAAGCUCUUGAAUAAGCGAUCCACCGCCACUGCCUUUAUCGCCUUCUUUGUCGCCGCCGCUUUAAGUAUUCUGUUCAUCUUCGUUCCCGGUACUAUGCUCUAAUCUCAGCAAUGUUGCGUAUACCCCAACCGGUUCCGUCUUUGAAUUUGCUUCGAUUCUCACGGCCGUGUGAUCCCGCUUUUGGGUAGCACAUAUG